UUGACUGUCUACCAUUGCAAACCAGAGCAUAAAGGAACCCGCAUAUUUUGAGAAAUGUAAUGGUUCUGUGAUCGGGUCUUCGGCUUCUAUGCGAUAUGUAUGUAAUGUGUUCAGUCCAAAACUAUUCACAAGCACGAGAUUUUCUUUUUUUUUUUAGUUAGACCGUUUUAUCAGCUGGAUACGUAUUAACAUUCCAUUUAACUCUCCCACUGAAAGCUGUCAAAAUGAAGGCUUGGUUGAAAUCGCUGAUACUGAUUCCAAUAUUCAUCGUGUACAUCUUUCUGGGGGCGUAUGUUUUUCACAAACUCGAGGAGGGGAACGCGGCCGCUGAGCGGGAGGAGUUUUUCAAGUUCCUGAUACCUUUUGCGAUCAACCACUCAGACUGUCUAUCGAGUGACGCUCUGCUCUCUGUCCUGGACCGGGCUUCGGAAGCCAGGGCCAAGGGUGUGAUGUACCCCUCCCAGGUGUUGGCCGGGCAGUUGGUUGGCUUUUGGAGUUGGUCUAAUGCCGUCGUGUUUGCGGCGACCAUCGUUACAACCGUAGGGUAUGGAAGGCUUGUGCCCAUAACAGCCGUCGGUCAGAUUGUCUGUAUCUUCUAUGCUAUCUUCGGUAUCCCUCUAUGCUACAAAAUGCUGUCAGUGGUCGGUGAUACCUUCCACAGUCUCUGGCAUCACUCUUUCCGACUGUUCGACCGGGCUGCCGCCUGCGUGAAAUCUCAGCGCACCCGCAAAGUAUUGGGGGUGCUGGUAACCUGUCUGGUUCUCUGGAUUUUCUUGGUCAUGAUUCCGGCCGUCAUCUUUGCCAACACGGAAUCAUGGUCAUUGGUGGACGCCCAAUACUUCAGCUUCGUGUCUCUCAGCACCAUCGGCUUCGGAGACAUCAUCUACGGGAUGGAAGACCGGCUGGCCACAGUCAAGCAGGACUGGCUGUACAAGAUCGGCAUGCUGGUCUACUUUCUGAUCGGCCUCAGCGUGAUUUCUAUCGUCUUCAAGGGGGUAUGGCGCGUUCAGAAGGCGCGCAUCAAACGCGCCCAGAAGACUACUCGCCAGUUUUGGCAGAACCGGGGCGGUCGGCACCGCAACUACUCGCUGGGAACUCCCGAGGCCAUAGACGAGGCCCUGCUGGCGAACGGCUUGUUUACGCGCAAGCGAAGCGGCGACGUGGUCGAGCCUGUCUUCGAGAAGCACUCCGCUGGAGACGAUGAGGAGAUUGAUAAGACAAUGGCCAUGGAUGCCAUGGAGGUGAGAGACAGGAAAAUUUCCAUAAUCUCCCUGUCAUACCGGACUGUCUCGCUGAGACAAAACUUGGCUGAUCGAGACUUGCGUCAUGGGUUGUGCAAUACUUCGUUCCUAGAAGAAGUCCACCCGUGAUGUGACCACCUGACUCCACGUAGAACAAGAAAAAAACAUUGCCAAGAAAUCAACCUUUGAAUGACUAAAAGUCAAUUUAAUUUGUUACUUUCAUUGUUCCUCAAGAAGCACCAGUGCCAGAGAGCACACUUGAAAACGAAAUCCCAUCAUUGUAAGCACUUCCUUUACAUUGUAAUUUUAAAGAAUUCGAAAUAGAGGACAUAAAGAAUUUGCCUUCUAAAGUCGAUAUAUUUUUGUCUCAAGGACAAACGUUAGGCCUACAAGUGAAAUAACUUCGGUUUUCAGAUGUAAUUCUAUUUUUGUUACUUGCGUCUUUUGAGAAGAUCUAGUUAGAAAAGGUAAUGAAAAAGUUUUUGUGAGGCAUUUUCAAAUAUCGAUGGCAUAUAGUUAGGAUCAUUUUACAGUCUAAAAUGCACUUUUUGACUCAUUGCCCAAUCACAAAUAAUGAGGAGACAUGUUUAUUUUCACUCACUUUCAAAACUAAGAAAAGUUUUGUGAAGCUAUGUGAAUUGUCACUUUGUUGUUGUACCUUAUCAUUAAAAAAGCGACAGGUCGACGUAACAGUCGCAUC